GAUUCUUUUCAUUCAUUGCAUCAUAACAGCAUGGCUGUGUCUGUAAGUUGUAAAGCAUUGAAUAUUUUUCAAAAAACUUUGCAUUUUCUUCCAUAUAGGAAAAUUAGUGUAUUAAAUUCCGAAAUUCCUCACCUACACCGUUCAUUUACGUGCGUUCAGAAACAAUGCAGUAAUAGGUUUUCUUCAACAUCUGCUGCUGCCAGUGAUCAAUCUGCAGAAAAAGCAGCUAACAGUGAAGGUGAGCAAAGUAACCAGAAUAUGAAAGAUGAAAUUUCACCUAAAGAAAAAGAACUUCUUCAAGAAAAGGAAAAAUUGGCAGAGGAUAUCAAAGUUUUAAAUGACAAGUAUAUGAGAGCUCUUGCUGAUAAUGAAAACAUCAGGAAUAGAAUGCGGCGUGAAAUAAACGAUGCUAAGCAGUAUGGGAUUCAAGGAUUUGUGAAAGACCUUGUUGAAGUGGCUGAUGUAUUAGGAAAAGCUACUGAAUCCAUACCUAAAGAAGCUCUGGAAUCAGACAACCCUCAUCUAAAGGGCCUUUUCCAAGGCUUGCAGAUGACUGAAGCUCAAUUACUUAGUGUAUUUAAACGACAUGGUGUUACAAAGAUCAAUCCAAUUGGUGAGAAGUUCAACCCUAACCUUCAUGAGGCCCUGUUUGAGCAGGUGGAUGCAUCUAAAGAACCUGGAACAGUAGGAACUGUGACCAAAGUGGGUUAUCGAUUGCAUGAUCGAGUCGUUCGCCCUGCAAUGGUGGGAGUUGUUAAAGCUGCAUCUUAGUAUUCUAUUGUUAUAUUUUUUGAUAGAGAAGAAAAACACCUUACUUCUUUGUAUAUAAUGCAUCUAAAUUUUAAAUUAAAGUGAAUAAUAGUGCA